CAAUAGAUCUGCACGGCUGUUCUUUGGGCCAAAGCUGUAAAACAGAUAAUAUCCGUGUUGUGUGUCUGUUGAAGUAGCAUUUUCUAUUAGAGCUCUAUAAACUAUCUGCAAAGAAAUGGCCGAGUCUGCAGCGAGUCAGUAUGAGGAUCAGUUCAUCUGUUCAGUCUGUUUGGAUCGGCUGAAGGAGCCGGUGACGAUUCCCUGUGGACACAGUUACUGUAUGAGCUGCAUUACUGACUGCUGGGGCCAGAAGGAGCAGGAGCCGCCGUACUGCUGUCCCCAAUGCAGAGAGAGCUUCAGUCAGAGACCUCUACUGAAGAAGAACACUCUGAUAGCGGAGAUGAUGGAGACGCUGCAGAAGACGUCUCUACAAACGGCUGCUGUGGAGUGUGAUGUCUGCACUACAGAGAAGAAGAGAGCUGUAAAGUCCUGUCUGCAGUGCUUGGCCUCCUUCUGUCAAACUCACCUGCAGCUUCACUAUCAAUCUCCUGCGUUUAUGAAGCACAAACUAGUCAAAGCCUCCAGAAACAUUCAGGAGAACAUCUGCCUCAGUCAUGGGAAACCUCUGGAGAUUUACUGUCAGGAUGACCGUCAGUGCAUUUGUUGCAUGUGUACUGAUAAUCAUAAAGGACACAAUGUUGUGUAUGUGGAUUCAGAAUGGACUAGUAAAAAGAAAGAAUUAGAGGAGAUAAAGGAGGAGUGUCAGAAGCUGAUCCAGGAACGAGACAGUAGUCAGCAGGAACUCAGUGAAUCUGUUAAGCUUCUUAAAAGUUCAGCACAAGAGGCCGUGGAGAACAUUGAGAAGGUCUUCACUGAGCUCAUCUGCUCUCUGGAGAAGAAACGCUCUGAGAUUAAAGAGCAGAUCAGAGAUCAGGAGAAGACUGAGAUAGAUCGAGCAGAGAAACUUCACAAACAUCUGGAUCAAGAGCUGACACAACUCAGAAAAACACAAACAGAGAUCGAGAAACUUCUGAUUACUGAUGAUCAGAUCCACUGUCUGAAGAGCUGUCAGUCUGUGUGUGUUUUACCCUCAUAUGAAGACGUUCCCAGCUUCACUCAACACACUCAUCUGUCUUUUAAAGACAUUUCAAUCUCAGCAUUCAGAGAGAUUUUGGAGGACGUCUGUCAACAGCAAACAGCCAGAAUAUCUCAAGAAGUGUCAAAUGUCCAUGUUGCAAAGCCUCCAGAACCAAAGACCCAAAAUGAUUUUUUGCAGUAUUCCUGCCAACUCCAAAUGGAUCCAAACACUGCACACACAAAACUCAAACUGUCAGAAAAGAACAGAAGAGCAUCAUGUUCAUAUAAAGUUCAGAAAUAUCCUGAUCACCCAGAGCGAUUUGAUGGGUUUCAUUACAUCUUGUGUAGAGAGGGUUUGUGCGGUCGCUGUUACUGGGAGGUUGAGUGCAGUGGGGACGACUGUGUUAUAGCAGUUUGUUACAAAGGAAUUAGUCGUAAAGGAAAAAGUGGUGACUGUAGACUUGGCUUCAACAAAAAAUCAUGGAGAUUGUCCUGCUCUCAGAAGAAUUUCUGUUUUUUGCAUGAUAAUAACCAAGUCUGUAUACCUGUUGUCCCCUCUUCUAGAAUAGGAGUGUAUCUGGAUCACAGAGCAGGAACUCUGUGCUUCUACAGGAUCUCUAAAACAAUGACUCUACUACACAGAGUCCAGACCACAUUCACUGAACCCCUCUACCCUGCAUUUGGGAUUGGAGAUUGUUCAAUUAUCAAGAUAAUACAACAUGAGAAAGUUCACAUAGACUAGUAAUAGACUGAUCAAAAAUAAAUGAUAUAAAAACAAGCUGUUUAAAGGGUAAUUUUUCUCAAAUUAAAAUCAGUGCUGCAUAUUUGGUUUCUGUUAUAUUUAGAGACCCUUUGAUUGAGAAGCCAUUAGUCAGUGGAGACAGAUGUAUAGCUUAAGUGUUUGCUUAAUACCUUGUUUCUUUUUCUAUUGUUUAUAUAUAUUAAUGUUUGCUGCUGUCAGGGUUAUGGACCUGUUUUUUGUUUCUUUGUUCCAUGUAGUCCAUGUCCUAGUUUUCCCAUGUAGAUCCUGUUUGUCCUUAUUUGGUUCUUCCUGUUCCUGUCCCCAUUUAAUUCUAUUAGUUCCAGGUGUUUCUCAUUAUUAGUCACCCUCCCUUAGCUGUCUGCCCCUCGUUAUCUGCCCUAUUUAGUCCUAACCCGUUCUGUUCUCCCUUGUCUGGAAUUGUUCAUGUCUGCCUUUGCUACGUUUUCCUGUUUUCUUUGGCUAUUAUUAAAGUCUGUAUGUUUGAAUUGGA